AUGAAGCGGCCCAAGGAGCGCAGCGGUUCGGACAGCGAGUCCGACAUCGACGUGGGCCGCGAGGGCGAACUGAGCCAGAUGGCCAGGCCGUUGUCCACUGCCAGCCCUUCACAGAUGCAAGCCAGGAAGAAAAGGAGAGGGAUCAUAGAGAAGCGGCGCCGAGACCGCAUCAACAGCAGCCUUUCGGAACUCCGGCGCCUGGUGCCCACUGCCUUUGAGAAGCAGGGUUCUUCCAAGCUGGAGAAAGCAGAAGUCUUGCAGAUGACAGUGGAUCACUUGAAAAUGCUCCAUGCCACCGGUGGGACAGGAUUCUUUGAUGCCCGUGCCCUGGCCAUCGACUUCAGGAGCAUUGGUUUUCGGGAGUGCCUCACGGAAGUCAUCAGGUACCUGGGGGUCCUGGAAGGACCAAGCAGCUGUGCGGACCCUGUUCGGAUUCGCCUUCUCUCUCACCUCAACAGCUACGCAGCCGAGAUGGAGCCUUUGCCCACUCCCACUGGCCCCCUGGCCUUCCCGGCGUGGCCCUGGUCCUUCUUCCCCAGCUGUCCAGGGCUGCCCGCCCCAAGCAGCCAGCUCACCAUCCUGGGCCGAGUGCCCGGUCCCGUCCUGCCCAGCGCCUCCUCUCCCACUUAUCCCAUCCCAGGCCUCCGAGCCACUCCCAUGCGCCGAGCCGCUGCCACCAUCCUACCCGCCCGGAAGAAUCUUCUGCCCAGUCGAGGGGCCACUUUGGCCAGGAGGGCCCGCCCCAUGGAGAGGCCAGCUGGCCCCCGACCGGUGACCCCCAGCAGCAGGGCUGCCAGGAGCAGUCACAUUGCAUCCCUCCUUCGGUCUUCCUCUCUGACCCCACCUGGUGCUGUUGGGCCCUCUGCCCCUGUGGCUGUCCCUGCCCCCCGCCCAUCGUCCCCUGGGCCUGCUGCAAGGCCUACAGGGGCCAUGCUCUGCCGCUCCUGGGUCUCUGAAAUCACCGAAAUCGGGGCUUUCUGA